CCGUCUCCAACCAGGAAAACACCUCUUCCCCAUGCUUGCGUCCUCUGCGACGACUCUUAUCUCAGUCACACUUCGGAUUUCCAUAUGUAGGAAAAAUAUGGACUCCCAGUCCCUCGAGUUAUCUCCACCUGAUCCAGAACCUGUGAGCCAGAACCGGAACGCUAAAUGUCGCCACCGCUUUCCUGCCAUAAGAAAUUCGAGGUACCAACUUCCGCUUCCGUUUGGCUGCGGCUGGAAGGUUGAACACUCUGUGUCCUGAGGGGUCACAGUGCUGGCAGCCUCUGCCCGUGCUCUUUGGGUUUACCCUGAAAUCGAAUAAAGUCAGACGGGCUCCUCAGCCGAAAUAUCUAAAGUAGAAGUAAGUGUAUGUAACGUAGACAUGGCCCCAGGGCAUGGGCAUGGACAGGAACAUGGUCACAGCAAGAUGGAGUUACCUGAUUAUAGACAGUGGAGGAUCGAGGGGACCCCGUUAGAAACUGUCCAGAAGAAGCUGGCUGCACAAGGACUCAGGGAUCCGUGGGGCCGCAAUGAAGCUUGGAGAUACAUGGGUGGCUUCACACACAAUGUUUCCUUUGUCGGUGCAUUCCUGAAAGGGUUCAAGUGGGGAUUUGCGGCGUUCGUGGUGGCUGUUGGGGCCGAAUAUUACCUCGAGUCCCUGAAUAAGGAGAAGAAACAUCACUGAGGAGGGUCCUGGAAGCCUCAGUGACUUCUUCGCUUGUAAGAGACCAGAAAAUCAGUGUCAGAAAAUCAGAGACUGGAGCCUCCUGUGGAAAUUGAAUUCACUUGCCUCAGAGUCUGUAAGAAAGGACCUACUGCAAAGAGAUUUUAUUUUAAAUUUAUAUGUCAUAUAUAAAAUUUAUUAUAUAUUUCAUUUACAUGUAGUAUGUAUUAUGAAUAUACAUAUAAUUCAAAAUGCUAUUGUUUAAUAUCAGACUGAAUUACUUUUGGUUUUGUUUUUUUUUUUGGUACUAGGGAUCAAACUUGAGACCUUGCACUUGCAAGGCAAGCGCAGGAACCACUGAGCUAAAUCCCUGGCCCCUACUUUUGAUUUUUAAAAAUUUGUUUUGUUUUUUUGUUUUUUGAGACACAGUCUCGCAAUGGAAUACAGGCUGCCCUUGAACUCGCUAUGUAGCCCAGGCUGGCCUGUUCUCCUGCCUCAGCCUCCCAAGUGCUGGGAUUACAGGCUUGUGCCACCACACUGGCAUUGAAUUUCCUUUGUUACAUGUAAACAGUGUAAAAUGUGGCUUUAGCAGUUAAAAAAAUAAAGACAAAAUCUCCAUGUCUCAGUUCUGCAUAGUUUUCUGUCUAAUCUCACGUGCAACAGAAUGAAGCAACCUUUUCGAAAUAUCCCACAAAUUACUAAACUAACUGGGAAGAAUGUUGGUUGUUGCUGAAGACUUUUGUUUCUGGGACUGCACAUCACAAAAUAAGAUCAUGAAUAUUUAAGAUGUAAACCAGCUGUUUGUGGUGGCACACACCUGUGAUCCCAGCACCCAGGAGGCUGAGGCAGGAGGAUCGCCAGGAGUUCAAGGGUUCAAGGCCAGGCUGGGCUACAUAGUGAGAUCCUGUCUCAAAAAAAGAAAAAAGAAAGAUGUAAACCAGGAGGUUUUGUGUCAUUUGAGAAAAGAAUAGUUGUUGUUGUUGCUGUUGUUACUGAUACUGACGAUAGAACCCGGAGCUGUGGGCAUGCUCAGCAAAACCUCUACCACUGAGCUACAUCCUCAGUACUGAAUGUAUUUAUUUAUUUGUUUAUGUAUCACAAUAUGGGGAUUGAACCCAGGCCCUCUGCACUGAGCUACAUCCCCAGUUCUUUUUAGUUUUUAAUUCUGAGACAUGAACUUGCUAAGUUGAACGUAGCCUAUGCUGUGUUUGAACUUACAGUCCUCCUGCCUCAGCCUCCUAAAGUUCAUAGGCCACCGCAUCUAGCUCAGAAUAAUUCUUUUUUUUUUUUUCAGAAUAAUUCUUAAUGCACCAAAGUGUGUCCCCAAAAACAAUUUAUGGCUAUGAAGAAGUAUUUUGCUUUCAGAUUUUUGUUUUGCUUUUAGAUUUUUACCAGUUAUACUAUCCAUGAACUAUUCAUUACAUCUUAUUCUAAAUAAAGCAUUUAGUACUCCUUGCAA